GUCUGAUGGAUCUGACUGCAGAUGGGUUAAGUGCUACUUUUCAAACCGCAUGGGAUUUAGUGAAAUCAGGCCUAAUCUCAGGUGGGGAAACUAUAACUAUCUCUUAAAUUUUUCUAGCCUUCUAGUAGUCAGGAUGAAAAGACAGAAGCAGAGCCAGCUGUCCUUGCUGAAGAUGCUACAAAUGCAGGAGGGGAGCCAAAGGUUGGCAUGGUGUUUGCAAAUGAAGAUAAGGCUUAUGAGUUCUAUGUUAAAUAUGCUGGAACUGUUGGUUUCAGUGUUAGAAAAGGUUGGUGGGAUAAAUCUGCAAGAAAUGUAACCAGAUCAAGAGUCUAUGUGUGCUCAAGAGAAGGAUUCCGCCCAAAGACUCUGACAAAUGAUGCACAAAAACCAUGGCCAGAAACCAGAACUGGUUGUCCUGCACGCAUGGCAAUCAAAAUUACACCUGGUGGUAAAUACUGUGUCAGUGAAUUUGUAGCUGACCACAAUCAUCAGCUUGCAGCUCCAUUGGAUAUUCAAAUGUUAAGGUCACAGAGGCUUUUAGCUAAGGUUCAACCUGGAGGUCGUCAAAAUACCAGUCUAAUUCCUGCUGAUUACAGAAACUAUCUGAGGUCAGAGCGAAUGAAGGACAUGAAGAAUGGUGAUGCAGGAGCUCUGCUCGAAUACUUGCAAAAGAUGAAAAGCAAAAACCCAUCUUUUUUUUAUGCCAUACAAGUUGAUGAAGAAGAUCAAUUGACAAACAUUUUCUGGGCGGAUGCACAAUCUAUGAUGGACUAUCACUACUUCGGUGAUGUAGUAUGUUUUGACACAGCUUACAGAACAAAUGAUUACGACAGGCCUUUAGCAUUAUUUUUUGGUGUUAAUCAUCAUAAACAAAUCACUAUCUUUGGUUCUGCUUUACUAUAUGAUGAAACUGUAGAAUCCUUCAAAUGGUUGUUUGAGACUUUCAAGACUGCAAUGUGCAGAAAACAACCGAGAACAGUUUUGACAGAGCGGUGUGCAGCAGUGUGUGAUGCAAUAGCUGCUAUAUGGCCAGGCAUGAUGCAUCGCCUAUGCUUGUGGCAGAUCCACCAAGAUGCCAUGAAGAACUUAAGUCAUGUUUUUGAAGGCUCAGAAAAUUUUGCAUUAGAUUUUAGUAGAUGUUUGUAUGAUUGUGAAGAUGAGGAGGAGUUCGUAUCAGCAUGGGAAACAAUGUUAGAGCAGUAUGAUCUAAAGGACAAUGAAUGGUUGCAAAAGUUAUAUGAGGAAAGGGAUAAGUGUGCUUUGGUGUAUGCACGUGAAAUCUUUUGCGCAGACAUUGCAAAUACACUAAGAAAUGAAAACUUGAACAGUACACUAAAGGAAUACUUGAAACUAGAGACAGAUCUUUUGUCCUUUUUCAAGCAGUAUGAUAGCUUACUGGAAGAGCAACGAUAUGCAGAACAGCAAGCUGAUUAUCAUGCAAAUCAGGGGGCUUCUAAAUUACCUCCUUUGCGCUUACUGUGUCAAGCUGCAAAUGUUUAUACUCCUGCAGUUUUUGAAAUAUUUAGGUUAGAAUUUGAAUUGAUAAUGAAUUGUAUUGUUUAUAGUUGUGAUGAGGUUGGGACAAUAUCUCAAUAUGUGGUUACUGUCAAGGGUAAAACUAAAGAGCAUUUUGUUAGAUUUGACUCUGCAGAUGGUUCAGCCAUGUGCAGCUGCAAAAAGUUUGACUUUGAUGGGGUUCAAUGCUGCCAUGUGCUGAAAAUACUUGAUUUAAGAAAUAUUAAAGAACUCCCACUUCAAUAUGUCUUGAAGAGGUGGAGAAAGGAUGCAAAAGUUGGGUCAGCAAGCGAGAAUUAUAACUGUGCACUUGAUGGUGACUCCCAGUCAUCUCUACCUAAGCGGUACAGCUCAUUGUGCCGCAUAUUGUACAAAAUUGCAGCAAGAGCUGCAGAAAAUGCAGAGGCAUAUUCAUUCAUGGAAAGCCAAUCAGAUCAGCUGUUGGAACAGGUGGAGCAUAUUUUGCAAGCAAGACUUCUUGAGAAGCCUUCCCCAAGCACUGCUUCAAAGGGUCAACCACACAAUCUGGAUCAAAAUGAAAGUAACAAUGGUGAAUCUCCCAGGGCAAGUGGGAAAAAGAAGAAGAAUGGAGACGCUCGUCGUAGGAAUCAGAAUGGGUUUGAGUUAAAUAAACGGCAAAAAGGAAGACAAGGACCAUCUGGUGAUGCAGAAAUUACAAUUAGGAGUGAUGAACCACCUGCACCAUCAGAUGAGAUGCUGGCUCAACCCAGUAAUCCUCCUAAUCCGUUCUUUGCACCUAGUCAGUUCAUGCAGGGACCAUAUGUUUCCGGUCAUCAAUUUGGAUUAAGUGCUGUUCAAGGUUUUCAUAAGAUGACACAAUUUAGUCAGGUGCAAGAGUCUUCGGCCACUGCGCUACAUCAACAACCAUUCCAUGGCAACACUGAGUUAGGCCAGAAUGAUGUGCAGGCCUGCCCAGCUACAGACAUGCACUCCCUGCAAUUUGUUGGGAGCAAUCUGCAACUGGGCCACCAGAGCAGUGAUCAGGGUCAUUAUUCAAUACCAGUUUGGGACUUUCUAUGAUGUAAGCUCAACCGCUACAAGAAACAUAGCCUAAGAUUCUUGUGUCCUUAAUCAAUAUAAGUGCACCAGAUGAUCGACCAUAACAAGACUGUAGUCAGUGAUGAAUGAUCAAUUGGUUCUACAUGUAUGUUUGAAUGGAGGAGAGUGUGAUCUUCUAGGUGGAUGAUGACUUUUAUUGAUGAUAUGCAAUGUCAUUCUCCUAAAUCUGCAGGCAUGAUUUAUCCCCCAACUUCACAUCUGGUUAAGAUGCUGAGUAAUAUGGCAGGAGAGUAUCUAUCAUUUCAGGACUCGUUUGGCUUACUGUAAGGAACAUCUGACAUGACCACAACUGAAGUUUUGUACAGUUUUGCUACUUCAGGAAGCACAAAACAAUCAGAACCAUUAACAUUCAGAGUGCAAAAAUAGUGCAAGCAAGGCCUACAGGUUGACAAGUGAUCGUAGCUGUUGUAAGAUUUUGAUCUGCUGUGCUUUCGGUUACUAUAAAUAUUUCCUAUGAUCUCACCAAUUAAUCAUUGGUGCUAUUUCUGUUUAUUAUCUCUUUCCUCCAUUCUCUUCCGGUUAUCAUUAUAUCUAUAAUAGAACUUGGUGCUGAUAUCA